CACAACUGGUGAACAAGGUAGGGAUAAAUUUAUCGAGAGUGAUAAAUCUGCAAAUCAUUACAUUCUUGAUUCAGUCAUCGCCAAACAAUCCAGCAUUUUAAGUUUGAAGCUACAUUUUUGAGAUAAUUUUUGUACUUGCAUUUCCUAAAUUGGUGAAAAGUAAUUUUGCGAAGAUAAAAUGGGUGUGGUUGAGACGAUCAAGGGGACUUGGACUUACAUUGCGGCGAUUGUGUUCAUCGCAAUCUCUGGGGGACUCUGUCUGGGCGAUGUGAUCGACUUGUCGGGUCGCUCCGUAAAACUUCCCUUGGCCACGUUCAGCGCACGUGCCGAGUUCACCUUCCGCUACUUAACUCUCGGCGUCCUUUCCGUUCUUUGUACCAUUUUCCUCGUCAUCUUUCAACGGGUGACGACCGGGACCGUGAACCCGUUGGCGGGACAAGAGGACAAAGUUCAAAAACAGGCCAACAUCCUGCAAAACAGUUUCGAACAAUUUAUCAUUUCCGCGUUCGCUCAACUUUGCAUGGUUUCCUUCAUCGGGGAAAAAUACACGUUGCGAGUCAUCCCCUGGGUCAACUUUUGCUUUAUCAUUGGCCGAUUUUUCUUCGUGAUUGGGUAUCCAAGUAAACGGGCGUUCGGCGUGUUUUUGAGCCUUAUCCCAAACGUGGGAAUGGUGGGGGUUUGCGUUUAUAAGUUUGUGGAGCAUUUAUUCUUUGAUUCGAUUGACGUAUGAAAUUUUGAAAUAUAAAAUUUUGAAAAAAAUAUAAAGUUUCCUGGUUUAUUUACUUAUUGCAUGCAAAAGAGAGAUCGCAUAUGUGAUAAUUCACACAGUCAUUAGUAGCCUGUAAAAUCUGUGCGAUUUUUAAGUUAGUUUUACAAACUUUGAAAAAAUAAAGAUACGAUCGUGAUCUGAGCAAGUUUACAAAAAUUUUAGAGCUAAUUUUCCAUAAAUAUUUGCAAGAUUUUGUACAAGUGUGCAAGCAUAUGGAAUUUACGAAUUUUACAAUGUUCCCAAGGACUGCGUGAAUUCCCUCAUUGUGUUUAUCAAUGAUGGAAGGUAAUUUUUAAGAUUUAAUACUUACCUUGUUA